AUGGGAUAUUUAAUUAUCGGCUCUCAUAUAUGUAACCGAGGUACCUAUGAUAUAAAUUGGACAACACCGUAUUGUGUUCUUUGUUUGCGAAUGAUUGGACUAUCAUGGGAUUUGUAUGAUGCAUCUAAAACAGAAAGUCAACGUUCGGUUUCUCAACGAAAGUCAGCUUUAUCUAAAUUUCCUGGAGUAUUGGAGACAUUAGCUUUUUCUUUUACUCCAACAGCUUUUCUUACUGGACCCCAGUUUCCCAUGCGACAUUUCCAAGCAUUCAUUGAUGGAUCAUUAAGGCCAGUAGUCCACUUAAGAAAGAGCACAUUUAAACACCGUUUCAUCUAUAAUGCCAAGUUCCAUCGGACAUUGAAUCGCUUGGUAUUGGGAUAUUUUGGCGUAAUUGUUUUAUCGAAAUGGUUCGCAAUGUACCCUGCCGAUAAAAUGUUAACUGAUGAGUUUCAAUAUGAAUGGAGUUUCUUUUCACGUCUGCUUUACAUGAUGAUAUUUGGACAGUUAACGUUAUUACGUUAUGUAUCAAUCUGGCUAAUAGCUGAAGGUUCUUGUGUUUUAAUUGGGCUUGGAUGUACUGGUUUUGUUCAUAUUAGAUCUAAAGGAUCUAUUCAACUUCCCGAUUUUAUAACAAAUAAGGAUUCUGACACGGUUACACGUAACGGUCCUGUUUUAAAACGUCGGGAUUCUGCUGUGGAUUGGUCUCUUGUAGAAAACUAUAUCAAAUCCCAUGCAGAACUUUAUGAUCCUGAACAAUUGAUAGUACGUGAAGCUCCUCAUACAGCUUGUGCAAAUAUCUCUUUAAAACGAUAUAUUUUCGCAACAAAUACUGACGAUCUUGUCGCUGGUUUCAACAUCAAUACCAACAGAUGGCUUUUAGAUUAUGUUUAUAAACGCUUACGUUUCUUGGGCAAUAAAAAUUUAUCUCAAAUAAUAUCAUUAUUAUUUUUGGCACUUUGGCAUGGCACAUACAGUGGCUAUUAUGUCAAUUUUGGAAUAGAAUUAUUAGUAGUGACAGUUGAAAAAGAUUUUUUAUCCAUACUGAAGAAUUCAAAAUACAAUCAUUUCUUUUAUAAAACGUUUACUGGACGUGUAAUCAGCAGUGUAUGUGGCAAACUUCAUAUUUAUUUUAUUCUGUCUAGUCCGAUGGUAGCGUUUUAUUUGUUAAAAUUUCAUCUAUGGUUCCCUGCAUUGAAAUCAAUUUAUUUCAUUGGUUUGUGGUAUGUAUUUUGGCCAUUAAUAAGACCAACUGUCAAAUAUCUACUACCACCAUUGCCGAAAUCGCAAUCAGAAAAGUCAUCUCAACUUUCAACAACAAUGAAUGGUGACGUCACUUCCGUCAUUGAUCAGUUAUCAUCAAGAAAACAACAGUGAUACGAUAGCAUAAUAUAAUUGUAUUUAUUUCCUUACCGUGUUCAUUCGAAUAUGUUAAAUAUCUACAUAUAUGUGUACGUAUCUAUGUGAAUACGAAGAUCGAGAAAACAUGAAACUGUGACUUUAUUAUUGUUGACCUGUUGUGCCUUUCUUCUAUCAUGAGUAAAUUAAGAUGACAAAGAAAUAAUAAUGAUUCGUUCAUAUUGUACGAUACUAUAUGAAUUUAUAUGUGUUAGUGUACUGUUCAUCCUAUUAUUUCUCUUCAAUUAACUCACUAAAAGGAUAGAUUGUGCACAUUUAUCUUUAAAUUGUUCAGCAAAGAUUUUUUAAAUAAUUAACAACAAUCCAUAUCAACUUUAACAUUUCAAUUUUUAUUUUUUUUUUAUAUCCGACUAGAUUUUUUCCAUGUGUUUUUCAUUAAGACUAAUUGUCUAUAUUAUUAUAACUAUUGCUGUUAUUAUCAUUGUUAUCUGUUAAAUUUCUUUUUCCUUGAUGAAAUGGAUAUGAUUUACUUUGAAACAACUUGUAACAGACAAUGAAUAGCUUGAAUAAUCAAUCUAUACUGUAGCAGUACUUUUAAGUAUUUUUGCUUCUAUUAUUAUUAUUAUCUUUCUCUAUGCUAUAUAUUUUAGUUUUUAUUUAAGCCUACACUAUGUACUUCUACUUUUGUAUGUAUUUUAUCUUGUUAUUGGGAAUCAUCAAAUUGUUAAUUAGUGUUUUCCUCAAUUCCUUGUCACUUUAUUUCUUCCACUUUGUGUCUCUUUCUGUUAUUUCAUUUUUAUCAUUAGCAGAUCUACCUCUAAAUCUACACUUAUUCAUUUUUUCUAUUACAAUGUGAUAUUUUUUAAGAAAACAGUAUCGCUGGCUACCAGUACUAAUCAUAUAAAACAAUUUCACGAGUGUAUAGCAAAUUUUUAAUCGAGCGAUGCCUUAUAUAUAUAUAUAUCAGUCGGUUCUGUAUUCCUCCAUGUUUACAUAAUUUUUCCCCUAAAGUAUCAUUUAUUCAUAACUGUUAGUUUUAGCGAAUACCACAGAUAUAUCAGCGAGAAACGUAGGUUAUUUUCCAUAUUUUCAACCUUUCGACACAUUUUGUUUGGUUGAAUUAUUGUAGGAUAAUAUUCUUUCAGCUUUAGUUUUAUACUAUCUUUCUUCUGUGGCCUGUUAUAUUUUGCUUAUUUGGAGGAUUUAAUAUCAUCUAAGUUGUGAAAUUAUCCGAUCAUUUAUAAAUUCAUGUAUGGUAUUUUAUAAAUAUAACGGAAAUCAUCAUUAUACAUUUUUCCUUGCUAAAAUAUUUUUCAGAUAAGAUUCCUCACUUUUGUUCGAACCUUUAACGACGAAUCAAAUUAAUUGGAGGUUCCUGGGCUAUUUGCAUGUGCAGUCCUUAUAAAAUUAUUGUUACACUUAGUCCAAUACAUGAAUCUUUACUUACGCUGUAGAAUGUAUUACGUCAUAUGGGUAGUCAGAAUCAAGAUAGCUUCUUUCGUUUUGUGCACACAACUCUGUGUGGGUUAUGACCGGCUUUGUUAGACUACGAAACAGAAAUUUCCCGCUUCGUCAAAUAUACUUGACGGUUUAUGCGUUAUGCGGUCACUGUGAUUUUCCACACUUGAUCUGGGAUCAGCGUAUUGCGAAGUGAAAAUACGAGUUUAGAAGAAAACUGAACCAUUCUCUGUAGUAUUAUGGUUAACUACCAGAACUAAAUUUAGCCUUAAAUCUUUCUCGAUUAUUUACUGACGGUCUGCUUCGAAACAACGGCGAAUAUUAUUAAGCUUUCUAUCAAUUCAGCAUGUAAUACGCGUGUCUUGUGUAACGCAGUCUGACAUGAUGAAUAAAAAUAACAGUCACAAUAAAAUUCAGAGGAUAAUCUCGUUUUAUAAAAAAACUAAUAAUAAUAAUGUGACGAAUCUAUUGACUAUAUGACGGUAAACAUGACCGUUAUUUCGGCCUAUGAUCCACUCAUUUGACGUGACAACGUUGAGUAUAUUUUCACUAUUUCUUGAGAACACAUAUACCUUAAGAUAAGUCUUUAGCGGUUCGAAGAUCGACGUCCACUUCUAAGCCAGUUGGCGCACGACAGUCUCAGAUGGCGUGUCCAAUAUUUUAUGAAACUAUUUAUGUUUUUAUAAACGAUCUAAAAAAAUGUUGGUUUACAUUUAAGUUAGUGGAGUUCUGUAGAAAAAACUACAGGUUAAAAAUCUCUGCGAAAAUUUACCAGUCAUUUAGAAUAACCACAUCUGAGCUCUGUGACCUGUUCAAUGAAAGGUCCUUAGUCUAAAUUAUGUAUUACCUCAUUGAUUGGUAACAGUUUCAAAGUACUUUUUGAGUUACUCAAAGUCGGAAAUAUGUCUUUGACAGUCAUAUACUGUCCAAUCCUAAAUGUGUAGAGAAAAUAUUCUUAAAGUUACCGAGCUUCUCUUCCGUAUACCAGAUUUUGUGCAGUUUAACAUUCGCAUAAUAUGUUAUACCGUGGUCUUGAGUCUAUAUUUUAAAUAUUUAAUUCACUGACAACCCAAUGUGAAAUCUUUUUCGCAUGUUGUUUCAUGAAUUUGCCUAGAAAUCCUUUCAUAUAUGUUUCCCAUGUGACAGUAUUUCUUUGUUUCUCCUUACAUGCAACGUUAUUCCCACAAGUCUCUCUACUUAUGUAUAUUAUAUUUAUAUUUUAGUUGAUUUUAAAAUUACUGUUUUCUUUUAGUGUACAAUCUGAUAUUUUUCUGACUGCUAGUUUGUUUCUCUUGACCUUGAAUUUUGGUGGCUACAGUAUUCGGUAACCGUAUUCUUGGCUAUUCUUUUUUACUGCGAUUCAUUUAAUCUAUACCCAAGAGUUAAAAACUUCGUUUUUUACUUGUUAGGAACAUUGUUGAUGAGUAAUUAGUGACUUUUCAUUUAAUUGUUACAUUAUAUUUUGAUUACUGACGUUUGGAGCAAAAUAAUUCUACUUGUCUCAUUUUUCGGUUAGUACAGCGUUCGUUGCUUGACGCGAACGGUUUCUUCUAUUUGACGAGUGCUGAGUCCAUGCUUCUUAACUAAUUAAUUAUUUGAUAUCGUAUGGUUUGAUUACACAUGGUAGUUUUACAAAUUAUUGAAAGUUCCUGUUGUAAAAAUUAUUGUUCAGGUAUAUAUUUGUACAUAUAUAUGCUUUGACAGUACUGCUUUUGUACCAUUUUGUACACUUUUAUAUGCAGUCAUUGUGUGAUAUCAUCUAUUGAUGUAUUUGAAACGCGUAAAUGAGGAAUCCAAGGGUAAAGAAUUAUAGGAAUUCUUGUGCUUACACCCAGUUUGUCAUACUUCAAACGGUAUUCAAAGUAAUGGUUAUAUUUCGGAAGCUAAUUUUGUCAAUACUUUAAGUUACCGCAUUUCAUUUGAAAAUUUCUAAUCAAACACAAAUAUUUCAAUCACUUUUUUGAUAGAAUAUCAGUAACAAACAUUUAGAUUGAUUUGAUUUGACGUACCGUUUUCUAGCACGUUUUUCCAAAAUUUUACAAAAUAGUUAUCAUUAUAAAGUAUACUGUAAUUGUUUAAUCUCAUAAAUAUUCGCUUAAUAAUAUGUGGGGGCCAAUAUAUAGUUUUGUUAAGACAAUUAAUACUAACUUCGGUAAGCAAAACAAAAUUAGAAUCUGUGGUUGGUUUAUUCAAAAUUGAAUGUUUCAAUCAAUAAAUUUCAGUUACAUGAUAAAAUUAUUACCAGAAUGGGUUUUGUGGAGAGUUUUAGAAAUUUCACAGGUUGAAAUCAUGAGUCGAUUGAAGCUAGAACACCAUGGAAAACCUGGAAGCACUGGACGGCCGUUUCGUCCUAGUAUGGGACUCCUCAGCAGUGCGCAUCCACAAUCCCGCACCACGCGGGGCUCGAACCGAGGACCAACUGGCUCCGUGCGCGAGCACUUAACCACUAGACCACUGUUUAAAUCAAUUUUGGAAUUUAUCUAGAACAUCAACUAACUCAAACGAAGAGAGCUACAACACUUAUUGUCUUUCAAUUCACAAAUGAAAAUGAGAAAAACACCUGCUUUAUGUAGGGAUUAAUUAGUAACACACAACAGAUAAUCAUUCGCCCUACAAUGUUUGUUGCUCAUUAACAAUCGUCGCGCAUGUAGAAUAUCACUCAUGAAUUACUAAACUCCAUAGACUAAUUUCUGAGUGUAUAUUUCCACAAAAUCAGAGGCUAUUUAACUAUAAGUAUGAAAUUCAGGAACCAAUUUAGUGUUUGUGACAAAUAAAAUAUCUUAAUAUGCUGUUAUUGAUUUUCUGAUAAUAAUAAUAAUAAUACUGGCAUAGGUCUUUGUUGUAGUCUGUCCUCUUUUACUUUCCUUUGUGUCUGUCACCUGCCCAUGUCUAAACAAAAAAGCAGACUAAAGUUCUACUUCUUUAUGGGAAUUUAGCAUAUCAGUUUGUAUAUAGCUUCAAUACAUAUCAAUUCAACAAGUGAAUCAAUGAAUUUGUAAUAUUGGUCUGGAGAAAACUAAAGGUCCUGUUUGUUUACAGGGUAGAUAUUGAGUAACCACAAUGAGAUUAUUUCCUGUUCAUGUUUUUCACAAAAGUGUGUCGUUUUUAUGAAUGUAUAAUAUUCAUAAUCUACAUUAUGUAACAAAACGUUGUUUACUUCAUGUAUUAAUAAAGAGCCAAUGACGAGUGAAAAAUUCAAGUCUAAUUUCAAAACAGCAAAAGUCUGUAAAUUUGGGACGAAUUAAAAACUCAAUACCGAAAUAUUUUUCAAGAUGGCCAUUUAAGUUAAAAAAUAUUCACAAAUGUUUAAAUCAUUGUUACGAUAUUAUUAGCAGUUCAUGCUUGAGUUCCAUCAGUUCUCAAUCGUGCUCAAUCAUCUUCUAUUGUAUUCUGUGAAUAACUACCUUACACCAGAUACGAUUGAAUCCCGCUGAUCAUGACUUUUCACCAGAAAUCAGGACAUUUUCUCACAAUAACAUUCAGUGAUUUUUACAAAAACCCCAUACUCAUAAUUUAAAUACUAUUCCUAGCAGAUUUUGAUAAAAAUACCAGAAUUAUUUCAGACACAAUGUCAACAUUAUAUAUGUCCGUUAAGAAAUGACAUAAAUAUUUAAUGAGGUACCAAUCGUCAUUCAACUCCAUCACAAUGCUAGGAAAGUUUUUGUUUAAACAAGUUAAGAUUCCCGUAAACAGAAGCCAUAUUUAUAGUUCCUAAAUAAAUAGAAUAGAACAAUGUUUACUGGUGCAUAGAUAAUUAGUGCACGUAAUUUUUAAGUAUAUCUUACAUCUUAUUAUUAACAUUGAUUAUACGUUAUGUGAAAGGUAAGUAACUAAUUAGUAGCUUUGAAUUGAGUUGAUUUUCAAGGAUUAUAGUGGUCUGAUACAUAUCUUUGUGUUCCUACUUUAGGUGAAUUAUUUAUUAAUACAAUUGAUCUACAAGUUUUAUUACCAACUAACUAUACCGUUUGAUUAUAAGUUAAUCAACCUACUGGAAUCAGAGAUAUAAUUAAAUUCAAAAGUUUCUAUUUACGUAUGAUCAUUUUUAGCGUGACCCAAUGUAGAUUUAUUAACAAUAUAAUACUAUAGAAGAUAUAAGUCAUGUAUUAUUGAUCGCUGAAUAUUUCACUUGUUUGAGUAAACACUAUGUAAAGAAACACUAAUUAUUUUCAACGCACAUAAAUUUACAGAAGUAGUGAAAUCUAUCAAGAAAUAAUCACAAUAAUUAAUUCACUUAGCUUAAAUGCAUUCAUUCAUUUACAAAUUUUGUAUGCUCGGUAAAACAAACACUGAUUAACCUUUCAAUAUGGCAGAUAAAGUCAUGAUGGUGUUGUCAUACCAAUCAAAUAAACAAAGCUUUGUCUGACUUUUUAUUCAAUUCAACUUUCAAAUACAAUAGAAGGGGAAAUCGGAUCAUUCAGUAAGUUGAACAUGUAAUCGAGAUUAGUAGUGAGUUAUUAAUCGUUCAUAAAGGGUUCAUUGUAAAAGUGAUUUCGAUGAGACUAUAAUUUAUGGUUGACCUUUGAGCGAUGUUUAAGUGACCUUGGGGUUGUCCACCUUCUAACUAGGACUGAUUGAGGGUUAUAAAUCAGUGUGAGGAAUCCUUAUUACGAUUUACAGUUGGUAGUGAAAUUUGGGAACUAGGUUUUAAUUACGAACUGAUAUUAGCUAAAAUUUCAAAACUCUACAAAUACCAGAAUUAUUUCAGACACAAUGCCAACAUUAUAUAUGUCCGUUAAGAAAUGACAUAAAUAUUUAAUGAGGUACCAAUCGUCAUUCAACUCCAUCACAAUGCUAGGAAAGUUUUUGUUUAAACAAGUUAAGAUUCCCGUAAACAGAAGCCAUAUUUAUAGUUCCUAAAUAAAUAGAAUAGAACAAUGUUUACUGGUGCAUAGAUAAUUAGUGCACGUAAUUUUUAAGUAUAUCUUACAUCUUAUUAUUAACAUUGAUUAUACGUUAUGUGAAAGGUAAGUAACUAAUUAGUAGCUUUGAAUUGAGUUGAUUUUCAAGGAUUAUAGUGGUCUGAUACAUAUCUUUGUGUUCCUACUUUAGGUGAAUUAUUUAUUAAUACAGUUGAUCUACAAGUUUUAUUACCAACUAACUAUACCGUCUAAUUAUAAGUUAAUCAACCUACUGGAAUCAGAGAUGUAAUUAAAUUCAGAAGUUUCUGUUUAUGCUUGAACCUUGAAUGUGUAAUUUAAUUACUAGUUUUAUAGUAUCCAUAUGUAAUGUACACCAUUCCGUUCUGUUUUCAAAAAUACCACUGAAUAAUGCGACUACAUUAUAAUUAUGAUGUAUGAAGGUGCUUAUCUUACUUAGGUUUCUUUAGCAGAUAUAUUUAAAUAUUUGAUUAUGAAUUUUUGGGUGUAGUAAUUCAAAUACAAAACUGAAUAAUUUAAAAUAGUGUGCUUACCCUAUACCGUUCCUCAAAAAUUUCCUUUGGACGUUUGAAGAAAAUGUCGCUCUGUUACGCAUAAUGUUGACAGCUAUAGUAGUAUAUACGGCGAAUCUAUUAACUCUGUUAUAAAUAUGGUGUUUGGGACCUUAAUUUCCAACAAGGUGUUCUAGGAAAUGUUAUUUUGUUUCACAUGGCCGUCAGAUAAAAUUGUUGGUGACUGGAAUAAAUUUAGGAAGUGAUUUGCAACUAAGCUUUAUAGUUUAGCAGAGCAGUUUAAAAGCGACUUGGUAGCGGCUUGUUCAUAUCAUGCAUUAUUUAUUCAUUAUGUAGUGUAGCUAAGGAAAUCUAUAUUCGCACUUUUCCAAUGUAUGUCAAGUUCAGAUUAUAAUAUUCAGGACUGUAAAACUUUAUAUAUUCACACAAAGUUAUAUCACGAAAACCGAAUCGAUCAUCAUGUGCUAUUCAUAUAAAACGAAAUACCUUUAAAGGAUCAUAUCAUAAACUAUCUGAAGUACUUAAAAUCAAAGUUAGCCACAAGAAUUAUUGUGUAGUACAACUUAAUUCUCUGAAAAUUGAAUAGCACCUGAUAGGUACUACAUAUUUUAGUGCACAUGAUCAUAGAUUACAAAACCACAUGACGAAGAAAGUGUUGUUAAAAAGAAACAAAUUUGAUGAUUCUUAAAAUAUUCAAUUGUUUCUCUUUAAUGAUUACAUUACAGUCGAAACUUGUAUAAUAUAGCGUUUAUUCGAGUAACCAAGUUUCGAAUAUUAAUAAAGGACAAAAUAGAAACUAAAAAUUUACAAUAAUAAACAUUUAUGUCAGUAUUGAUUGUUAACUUACAUAAAUUAUUUCUCUUCUAUUACUUUUUUACACAGUGCGAUACACUAUAAAGGAGGAAACAUAUUUUGCAUAGAUUUCCGAAAAAAGUAUUUUCAGUAUCGGUAUAGUCAAGCUUCCUUUUUUAAAAAAAACAUAUUCGAUAUGAGUGUUAAUAAAUCAUCUUUGAGACAUUCAUAUGAUGCGAUUCACUAAAUGCCAUUUGUUUAUAUACCAUUUAAUUUAAAUAUCAGCUUGGGAGGAAACUGUUGUGUUUGAUAAAAAUCUUGCACAACAUAGUUUAUAUAUUGCAAGUAUUCUUUGUAUUUUCCUAGUUGACUUAUGAACGUAUUAAAGUUUAUUUGUACAUACUGUUGAUGAACCACUGAACGCCUCGUCUUGCAAUGUUGGUUAUUAGAAUGGCUUGAAAAGUAGCUAGGGAAUUCCAAAUCAAGAUAUGGCCACAAUUUUUGAAGCUAUUGACUACUAGCCUGCCAAGUAUCAGAAUCUGUCGAUUUCCUGGGGAUCGCAUAAUAAUCGUAUUCAGUGGUUUGAGACGUGAAAUGAAAUCUCACGAAAUCAGUCUCAAUGGAGAAGUUUCAUUUAUUUUCCAUCUUCCUCUAAGUCUUGAGUUAAGUAUAAUCCCCAAGUUUCCUUCCUUCGAUCAAAAAAUUUCAACUACAUUUAUUACAUUUAGAUACCCAGUAGUUUUGAUUUUAUUUUUUAUCCUAUGGUCCUCAUAUUAUUAGUUUCUCGCUGCGCCGAUAAUAAUGUAGCAACUGGGACAAGUGCACGCUACUACCGCUUAUGAUAUUGAUAAUGACGGAGUGAUCGUACUUCCCUUCCAAAAAUAUACAAACCUACUUAACCUUUAUUUUAUAUUGGUCCAAAAGAAUACUGGGGAUUCGUUCAGAUAACUAGUAGUUAAUUAUAUUACUUUAUAUUACGUGAGAUCACGGCGAGACUACAAUUUACGAACGAACCAAACAGAUAAUAGAUUACACAUUCAAGGUUCAAGCAUAAACAGAAACUUCUGAAUUUAAUUACAUCUCUGAUUCCAGUAGGUUGAUAAACUUAUAAUCAAACGGUAUAGUUAGUUGGUAAUAAAACUUGUAGAUCAAUUGUAUUAAUAAAUAAUUUACCUAAAAUAGGAACGCUUAAUUAUUGAUAAAAGUUUAAUUAUUGUAUUUUAUUAUUCUCACUAUUAUCAGUUCACCUGUCUUCCUACUAUCAACUUGUACUUUUACCUAUUAUGUGUAGUGACUUAUUCUAUUUCAUAGUGAUUAUUGACCCAUAUUGCCUUGAUUGGUUUAAAAUUUUCGUAUAAAUAUUCAUGCAUAUUAGAGUAAAGCCUGAUGACGAUCUAAUUGAAAACAAUUGUUCGCUUAUAUGUGUUGUUCUAAUUUUCACAAUGGGAAUCUUUAAUAUUACAAAGAUAUGUAUCAGACCACUAUAAUCCUUGAAAAUCAACUCAAUUCAAAGCUACUAAUUAGUUACUUACCUUUCACAUAACGUAUAAUCAAUGUUAAUAAUAAGAUGUAAGAUAUACUUAAAAAUUACGUGCACUAAUUAUCUAUGCACCAGUAAACAUUGUUCUAUUCUAUUUAUUUAGGAACUAUAAAUAUGGCUUCUGUUUACGGGAAUCUUAACUUGUUUAAACAAAAACUUUCCUAGCAUUGUGAUGGAGUUGAAUGACGAUUGGUACCUCAUUAAAUAUUUAUGUCAUUUCUUAACGGACAUAUAUAAUGUUGACAUUGUGUCUGAAAUAAUUCUGGUAUUUUUAUCAAAAUCUGCUAGGAAUAGUAUUUAUAUUAUGAGUAUGGGGUUUUUGUAAAAAUCACUGAAUGUUAUUGUGAGAAAAUGUCCUGAUUUCUGGUGAAAAGUCAUGAUCAGCGGGAUUCAAUCGUAUCUGGUGUAAGGUAGUUAUCCACAGAAUACAAUAGAAGAUGAUUGAGCACGAUUGAGAACUGAUGGAACUCAAGCAUGAACUGCUAAUAAUAUCGUAACAAUGAUUUAAACAUUUGUGAAUAUUUUUUAACUUAAAUGGCCAUCUUGAAAAAUAUUUCGGUAUUGAGUUUUUAAUUCGUCCCAAAUUUACAGACUUUUGCUGUUUUGAAAUUAGACUUGAAUUUUUCACUCGUCAUUGGCUCUUUAUUAAUACAUGAAGUAAACAACGUUUUGUUACAUAAUGUAGAUUAUGAAUAUUAUACAUUCAUAAAAACGACACACUUUUGUGAAAAACAUGAACAGGAAAUAAUCUCAUUGUGGUUACUCAAUAUCUACCCUGUAAACAAACAGGACCUUUAGUUUUCUCCAGACCAAUAUUACAAAUUCAUUGAUUCACUUGUUGAAUUGAUAUGUAUUGAAGCUAUAUACAAACUGAUAUGCUAAAUUCCCAUAAAGAAGUAGAACUUUAGUCUGCUUUUUUGUUUAGACAUGGG